UUAAACCUGGCAAAUAAACGCAUUCACUUUCUCUAACUAGUUCUUUUUUUUUUUCAAUAAUUGCCCAAAUAUUAUCUCAAAGAUGCAUUUUUUUUCUUUCCUGCUCUUCAAAUUAUUAUGCAAACGUUCAAUUCCUCACUUGAAUACACAAAUUGACUGCAAAAUCAGCAUUCUAGGAUUUAAUAAUUGAUCUUCAAAUUUAAUUACCAGUUUAAAAGUUUGAUCAAUCAUGACAAUUUUUUAUCAAACUUCAAAUGACCUUAAGUCUUCAAGGCUAGUUAUGCAUAAACUUGGCGAAACUUUCACUGAUUUUCAGACUCGCUCCUUUUCAAUAGUUUCACUUUGUGAGCAAUGGCGUACACUUCAGAGUUCUUUCUCUAAGGUUCACAGCUCGCUUGAGGAGCGAGUUAAGGAAGUCGAGGCGAUAGAAACAGAAAUCGAUGUUGCAAAGAACAAGUUAAAGGAUUUACAAACAGAGGUUGAAUUGAGGAAGAAGAAGUUGGACUUGGGGGAGAAGUCAUUGCGUGAGAGAAUCAAUGAGGUGAAAGAGUGGCGCGAGUCUUUGGAGUUGGAGAAGAGAUUACUUGGUGAACGGUGUAAGGCGGUGGAGUUGGGAGAGAAGUGUAAUAAGGAGGGUUUUGAGCAGGUUAAGGAGCAGCUGAAGGCGGUGGAGGAGAGGGAGAGAGUGAUUAUGGAGACUUGGAGAGUAUUGAAGAGAUGGUGUUGAAGGCAAAGGUGAUGAGUGAGCGAGGCAAAGCAUUGGAUGCCAAAGAGAAGGAAUUGAAUAUGAAGGAAAGUGUGUUGGAACAAAAAGAGGUAAAGUUAGAGGGGGAUAAGAAUGACAUGAAUGAGUUAUACUUCGCGCUUGAGCUUAAGGAAAAGGAGAAUAAUGUGCAAAGCUCAAUGUUAAAGUCUAAAGAGAAGAUGUUGGGGUUGAAAGAGAAGUAGAUUGAUGAGCGUAGUGAAGUGUUAGAGGCGAAAGAGAAGGGAGUAUUUGAGGGUACAAAAUCUAUGGAGUUGGAACGAAAGCAAAUGGAUGAGCGGUCUAGACAGAUUGAAUUGAAGGAAAAGGAAAUUGAGGAACAAAUUCUAGCAUUGCGUACGAAAGAGAAGCAAUUCUAUAGCCAUGAAAAAGAGUUGGUAGUAAGGGAUGAUAACCAAAUUAAUGAUUGCAACAAGGGUUUGGAGUCGAAAGAGAAUGAACUUGAUGAUCAACUAGACAAGUCAUUAGAGGAGCAAUGUAAUGGGUUUCAAGAGAAGCAAAGUGAAAGCAGCAGUUUGACAAAAGUGAGGCCGGAAUUACCUGACUCAGAAAUCCACAAAGUAGCAUGUCCAAAAGAUGAUUUCUCCUCAUCAAAUAUUGCUGGUGAACGAAUUCGUUCAUAUUGCAUUAAUAUGGAUGCAGUUUUGGUGAGGUCUUAUUUAUUUGAGCAUGCAAAGGCAAAAGAUAUAUCAUCUGAGGGGAUAUUGGAUGCUCUUAGAUAUGCUCCUGAUCCCAGAAAGCUUGUUAUUGAAGUUACUCGAACAUUUUACCAAAGAUUCUCAGAUAUGGAUACAGCCACAAUUCAUAAAGAUAGUUGCAUAUUGUUGUUGGAGCAGUUAAUGAAACUAUCACCUCCAAUCAUGGAUGAUGUCAAAGAGGAAGCAAGGCAAUUAGCUAUUACUUUUAAGGACACCAAGGGCAGAACUCCAACAGAUAAUUACGGGUUUUUGCUGUUUGUAGCUGCCUUCGAGUUAGCAGAUUGUUUUGAUGCAAAUGAUCUUGUUUUUAUGUUUGGUUCAUUGUAUGGUGGACCUAAGAUUUAUUGGCAUGAGCAGCAAGUGUUAUGCAGUGCAUUGGGACUUUCGGAUAAUAUUCCAGGACUUAUUAAGUUUUAUAUUGAAAGACAUAAGCUGCUUACAGCAGUCAAGUGCAUUUGUAUUUUUAAGCUGGAACAUAUAUUUCCGCCAGUGCCUCUGCUGGAAGGUUACUUGGACCUUAAAAACAAUAAAGUAAAUGAGAAACGGAAAGAGGAAAAUUUUGAUUCCAAGAUUGUUACUGACAUGGAAUUGUGCAUGCUUCGAGAACUUACUAGCUGCAUUGCUACUUGUAAGCUUGAGUCGAAAUUUCCACCUGAUUCCUUUCUAUUGCGCAUUGAAGAAUUGUUAAAGGAGAAAAAAGAUAGGAAGGUUGCUUUAAAGCAAUGGAAUAAGCGCAGUGCUAGUUCUUGUGAAUCUGUAGCAAGUCCAAAACAGCCAAAAAAGCGUCAUAGAGUGAGAGAAAAAUAACUGCACCAAAUAGCCUCCUUAACCUGUGUUAAGUAUAUUACACCUCAGCAAGUUGUUAUAACAACUUGUGACACGUCAGACGGUUUGUUAGAGGUUGUUAUAAGUUGACAGCUCAUCUUUUACUCUGUAAUAAAAUCUAGCUAGCUGGUAUUAAUAGCUAUGCAAGUUGUAUUUUCCGAAAUUAAUUCAUUCCAGUCUUUCUCUCUCUUAUUCAAUGAUGUAAAGACUUUCUCUCUCUAAAACUUCCUCAAUGAAAUCCGUCCU